AUUUACUAUCCAUGUAUCGACACGUGAAUGCAGCAUCAGACUGGCUGUUCCUACAUGAUCUGUGACAUUGGAAACGUUGGACUGAGUCUGUACGCGGUCCAUCAGUUUUAGAUCCAUUAAAAACAAAACAAAACAAAACAAAAAACACCACGCAUUCAGACAGUAGCUGCGUUCUCUGUCUGUGGUGAAAAACCUGCAGAUCCAGUUCCUUGAGACCCUUUUAUUUUCUACUUUAACACCGUGCUGGACGGAUCUGCCACAGAGGAUAUAUGUUCGGUAAAGGUGCGAAGCGGAAGCUGGACGAGGAUGAAGAGGGGCUGGAAGGCAAAACGCUGGAGGCGUCGGUGGCGGGAGGGGGGCUAAGCCUGGGUCCGGAAGGCCUGUCCAAGGUGUCGUACACCCUGCAGCGACAGACCAUCUUCAACAUCUCUCUCAUGAAGCUGUACAGCCAGCGGCCGCUCGGCGAGCCCAGCCUGGAGCGCCGCGUCCUCAUCAAUAACAUGCUGCGGCGCAUCCAGGACGAACUCAAGCAGGAGGGCUCCCUGCGGCCGCUGCUCCUGCCUCCCUCGCCGCCGCCUGACGACCCUAUGGACGAGGGUUUCCGCGAGGCACCGCCCUCCUUUGGUGUGUUGUCAGCAGCUGCGACCGCCCAGGUAUCCCAGCCUUCUGCAUUGCUGAUGCCAGUGAUCGCUCCGCCGCCUUCACCCCACCCACUGGUGCCUCCCACCUGCCAGACAUCCCAGGCCUGCUCUGCCCCUGCAGAGGGCGGCCCCGACCCUCUGGAAGCCUGCCUCACUCCGGCCUCUUUACUGGAGGAGGAUGGAGGAGAUUCAGCCUUUUGCACUCCAUCCCCGCCCACUCCUCCUCUGUCGCCUCCCCCGGUGCAGCUUCCUCCCGCGCUGCCAUCAACCCUCCUGAGCCAGGUGUCCCCUCGGGUCCAUGUGCCUGCCUCCGACGGUUUCCCCUCCUCUUUGAGUGACAUGGAGUUGGGUCCUCCCCCAGCCAUAACAAGGACAGCAGCAGCUAAUAUUACGACCGUGACUACCUCCCCAGCUCCCACGCCACUCGCCCACUCCCCCUGCCUAGCCCCACUGUCGCCAUCACCCACAGGCCCACCCAGAGACUGCAGGACCACGGGUGCUAAACCAGAGGCAGCUAGCGUCUUGCAAGUAGAAGGCCGCUGUGCCGAGCUCCGGCUGAUGGACACCCUACCCACACUGCCUCCCGGUGGCCUCGCAGACAUUUCCCCUUCUACUACUUCCCCUCCCUCCACCUCCUCGCCCUCUGGGUUUCUUUCAGAUUUGGCGCUGGACGAUGUCCUAUUUGCAGACAUCGACACAUCCAUGUAUGACUUUGACCCGUGCACAACAGCGGGGGCUGUAGGUGUGACGGCCGGCGGCGGCCUCUCCAAACUGUCACCAGUAGUGACGGCGGACGACCUCCUCAAAUCGUUGGCAUCACCGUAUAGCGGCCCCGCCCCGCAGGUUUCAGCCAAUCAGCCUUUUAAAAUUGAUCUGACAGAACUGGACCACAUCAUGGAGGUGUUAGUGGGCUCGUGAUUCGCCACCACCUCCCAAAGUUUCAUCCAGAAAAACAGACUGGAAAGAAAAGUUGGGAUCGAUUUUUGGGGUUUUUUUCCUGGUUGUUGUUUUUAUUUUUGUUAAAAAAAAGAAACUCUUUAAGGUCGGUAAUUGUAAACAUCAAUUGUGAUGUCAAUUAGUACUACUAUGACAACUACUACUACUACACAACACUGUGCAUGCACUGUGCUCGUCUUUCCAGGUGUGGAAAUGAAGUAACCGGGAAACAAAGUCACACAGAGAGUUGUAUUUCUAUACUUGUGAAGACCUUCAUUUAUGACUUUCAUUCCCUGGUCCUACUUUAAAUUAAAACAAGGUCUGAUCUUUUGCCUGAACCUAAGCCUUAACCCAUAAAACGUCAAUGAAAAUAGAAGAAAAUGUCAAAUCGUCCUCAUUUGGACAACAGGAUUUUUGCAAUCAUUCUAACUUUGUGAGGACAUUUGCUCCUUACAGGUAUAGAAAUACAAGUGAACACAGACACACACUGAAUUCAUUGCUUUUAGCAGAUGAGUGCCUUUCAAAAUGACCACUUAUUCAAUUCCUGUUUUUACAGUAUUUUUUUUUUCUUCUUUUAGUUCCUUCACUUUUAUGGCUGAGAUAGGCCAAUCUUUCAUGUUUUUUAAUUUAUUGUAUUGUAUUAAAACUAUUAUUAAGAAAGGUAAUUUCACAUGAUCAAAUAAUAAUUAUUUAAUCUCUAUCUUAUUACAGACGUUAUGUUUUAUUUGUAAAGCAAGCAUAAAAAGGUUUUACGGGGAAUUUACGUCAUUUUUACAAUAUUAGCUUGGCUAUAUAAUUCCGCUUCGGGACUAGCUCUAAAAUAAUAUCCCUGGGUCGACUCAUAUGUUUGUUUUACUAGAAAGUUAUGUUUGUUUAUGUCCACGUCUAUGAAUUCAGUUCAGGUCUUUCCCUGUCAUGAGGACAUAACUGUGCUGGAUGCUGUUUUACAUUGGCUUAGUCAUACAGCCUAGUUAUCAUGAUACAGUUGCAGCAGAAUUCAAAUGAGCUACACCCACAGGAAGGCUGGACGUGUUUACAUUGGAAGUGGCGGCAGCGUCACCAUUCGGGUGGAGAUUAUGUGAAAAGUUCAACCUAAGCAGAGACUCUGUUUUCUGAACACAUGGGAUUUUCGUUGAAGUCUAUUGAAUUUGGCCGUGCAUGACUCAAAAAAGCUGUUACAAACUGUACGCUACAAAUAUGACUCUUCUCAGAAAGUUGAAUACUUCAUAAGAAAUGCCUUGCCACUUUUUGGGGUUUUUCUUUGCAUAGAAUUAGUAACAUGAGUGACACAAAUUACAGCACAGCUUUACAGCAUUGCGUAGCCCCCGUAUUUGCAGUAUGUGUUUACUUGUGUUUAAAAUAGGAGCCCUUUACGCCAUAUCUGAAGGUCCUGCGUACUUCUGUGCAUUGUGCAUCUUUGUGGUCAACCCCAAAGCUCAUUUGUGAUUUAAGCAACGUGGGGAGACUAAAACAGUUGUGUAAAUCAUUCGAAUGUGGAACUAGGAAAGCCAGACCCUGUGUUAACUUGAUACUACAACCGUGCAAAGGCCUGUGUUGUUUUAAGGCACUACUCCCCUGCACGGGCCGCUGUGUUUGGCUCUUGGCACAAAAAUAUGAUUGACACAGAACUAAUGGCUAAGGGUUACAUGAGGAUUCCAUAUGCCUGUGUAUUUUCUCCUCUUAGAGUACACACACAGUUCAACAGUUUGCAACAGAACAGGAAUACUCAGUUCUAAUGUUGUGUCUGCAGAUGUUUAUUCUGUCAAUGUAUUUGUCCCAUUUAUAUUAUUUAAAUCAAUGACCUAGUUAAUGUUUUGUUUCAUCAUUUAAGAGUCACCAUUAUUCAAAAGUCACAGUUUGGAUCAGAAAGUGUUGCUGCUCUUGGAUUUUGCUAAUCAGUGCAUAUGGCUUAUACUUCAGCUUUGUUCAGACUGCAGGCAAAUCGGACUUGUUUCUCCACUCAGAUCUUUAAGACAGACUGGUAUUUCAUAUGAUCAGAUCAGAUUUAUGCAUCCAGACCAAGGAGAAGUGUCUUAAGAGUAAUCACAGCUGCAACAUGUUCACUGGCUCCCAUAGACUGAACUAAACUAAGUCAGUUACUUUUUCCAGGGGUUAUUCUGGUCUCUUUGUGCUCUCAGAGACCCUCAUUGUGGUGGUCUAUCUUGAAAUUUUUAGAGCUUUUAUUGAUAGCUUGCUCCCCUGCUAAAGUGAGCUUUCAGAGCUUCUGUAUAUUGAAUAAAAUGUAUAUUUCCCUGACAGACAGCUUGAAUGUAGUUGUUAUAGGUUAUUCUAACGUCACCAUCAGAUUGCUUACUUACUUAAAAUUAGUUGCAUUUGACUGGGCCAAUAAACUAGAGCUUAGCAUUAGCUCAACUAUCACACCUCAUAGUCACCAACUUGGCAUUUUAUCCAAAUGUUUCUCCAAAAUGCCAAAAUAGGGAUGACCAAAACACAAACUACUGUCAUUGGUUAUUGUAAUUAAACAAUCAUCAGUGUCUACAUAGCUAUGCUGGUGAUCGUGGAUGCAGAAGAAUUGGCCGUCCAUCCAAAAAGUCCAGCUUUCAAAUCACCAAGUGCCACAUACUAUUGUCCUCCAUGUUGUUUCCAUAGGGCUCUGGUAUUAGAAGCACUGAUUCUGCUCAGCAUCUCCUCCACGUUUUGAGUGACACAGAAGAUGCUGAAAUCUGAUUUGAGCUGCUUUGAGUGUCUGGGCUGAAAUUCAUCUGUAAAAAUCUGAUUGGAGCCACAAAUCGGGUUUUGGAUCCAAUUUUGCAAAAAUCUCAUUUGAGGUGUUUUUUUUAUUUACCCUCCUUCUGGACUUUCUGGACAGAAUCCGUAUACGCCAAAAGGAAACAAUCUGCAGUCUGAACAAGGCCUUAGAUAUUGCCCAUUGUGAGUUAGAUAAAUUGAUGAAUUGAACUGAUAAUAACAAGGGCAUUCUUGCACUAGACACGUAAGAAAAUUCAUCCACCUAGCAUCUUUCUGUUUGUGCUGAAGCUGCACUAGUUUACUGUUUUAAGUUACAAAACCACAAGGCAGUGAAGUGACACAAUUUCAACCAUUUGGGAAAAUCCAAACCGGACACCCUACUGUACAUUUGUUAUGUUUCACAAGUCAGUUUAUUUCAGGACCUGCUGUGUAGUCAAGUAUUGAAACUGUGUUCUGGUGUGUUUUGGGGCUAGUCAGGAUGCUUGUAUUAGUCAAAAAGGCAAAGCUUUCUUUCACCCAGAGUAGCUGCUGCAUAGAUGUUCCACAACCAAUAAUAUUAAAAGGCCAUUUUCUGUCUUUGGAAACA